AUGGCCACAGUAUCAAUUAGUCCCUCGGGAACGAUCCUCCAACAUCCUGGAGGCCAAACCACACAUGUGAUCCAGGAUGACUUUCACGAUCCCUGGAUACCAACGGAGACUAUACUCAUCCAGCACGGCUUUGCUAGGCACUCAGCUUUCUGGUAUCACUGGAUACCUGUCCUGGCACGAACAUAUCGGGUCAUUCGGCGGGAUGCCCGCGGUCAUGGUCUCUCCAGCGUCCCUUCGGAGGACUCGGCCUACAAAUAUAACAUAGAUACCAUCUGCGAGGAAAUCAUCGACACGUUGGACCAACUGGGGAUCGAGAAAGUUCAUUUUUUCGGUGAAUCGACCAGUGGCAUGGUCGGAGAGAUACUUGCAGCCAAAUACCCUCACCGCCUCCAUUCUUUGAUUGUCUGUUCAUCGCCGACCAACCUGCCGCCUAUGGCGCUGCAACUAUUUGCAUUUGGUCAUGAGAGCUGGCCAAAGGCUUGUCGAGCGUUAGGUAGCAGAGGAUGGGCAGAAGCUCUGUCCAAAGUCCCUGGGACAGUGUCUGUUCCAGACCCCGAGUACAUCCGGUGGUGGAUUGACCAGGUUGCUAUAUCUUCGGGGGAGGGACUGGCAAGGUAUGCCCAAUUUCUCUCUCAGCUGGACUCGAGACCAUACCUGAAUCACAUCACUGUGCCCAUGCUCAUUCUAGCCCCGGCGAAUAGCGUGGCAACGAAACUAGAGGAACAGAGGUUCAUUCAGGCACAAGUCAAAGGGGCUAAGAUGGUGGUCAUUAAUUCCAAGGGGCAUGAAAUAUACGUAGAGGCUCCCGAGCAGUGUCAGAAUGCGGUUUUAGAGUUCCUGGGAGGCUUUCAUUAA